AUGGCGGACGACAUAGUAGUCGAGCUCAACGAGCAUUUCGGCUCGGCGGACAAGGAACUGCCGGCCGACAUGCUGGCCGAGCUCCUCUCCAUCAUGCGCCUGCACGAGCUCUCGGCCCAGGAUGUCUUCUUCAAGUGGGAAUCUUACUGCAUCAAGAUGGACAGGGACGAGCUCAAGGUCUCGCUCAGCUCGCUGCGCGCCUUCAAGCAGGACCUCCAGGACGCCCUCGAGCGCACCAACCGCUCCCAGCCCCACAUCAAGACCGAGAAGCGUGUCGCUGCCACCCCGCGGUCCGCCAACAAGGCCGGCGAUGUCUUUGGCAUGCUCGAUGCCCUCACCACCCCUGGUCCCGGGAGAUCGGCCAAGUCGGCCGCCGCGAGGAGGAGGCAGCAGGACACCCCCGCUGUCUCCCGCUUAAAAGCCGAGCCCGCCAGCUCGCCCCUGAGACUCGAGGACCGGCUCAACGCCAUGGGCGCCAUUCCGCCGUCGUCCUUCGCCGACAGACAGAACCCCGGCGAGGUUGUCGAGAUCCUCAAUGACCACCUCCUUGCCCCCGAGCCACCCAUCGCCCCCUUUAGCGAAUCGCGCGUCAGGCUGACCGCAGCCUCGGACCAAAAGAAGCUCGGCUAUAAGCCGCUGGCCAUGAAGCUGUCUGAAGCCUCCGAGAUUCUGGACGACCGGAUAGACGACUUUAUGAACUUGAUAAUGGGGCACCACAAACUCGACGACUCGGCGUUCGGCAGUGCCGCCACCCAGGGAACCACUGAGAUAGUUGCCAUCGGCCGCAUCGCCUCAGACUCGGCCGAGGGGAAGCUAAACGCCGCCUCUCUCGUGCUGGAGAUGUCUAGGCGUAUGGGCGCUGGCCUUCGUGUGCCCCUGAAGCUCGACAGGCUCCCGGGAUACCAGUUCUUCCCCGGCCAGAUUGUCGCCGUCAGGGGCGUCAACACCUCGGGAAGCGACUUCACUGUGCACGAGGUGUUAAGCGCUCCUCUGCUCCCGAAUGCGGCCUCUGCGCCUGCCGUGCUCGAGGCGCACUGUGAAAAGCUGCGCGGGAGCCCGGACGCCAUGGAUGCCGACACGGAGCCGAUGCCCCUCAACAUAAUAUUUGCGUCGGGCCCUUAUACGGCAGACGACAACCUAGACUUUGAGCCCCUGCACGCUAUCUGCAACGAGGCCGCCGACACGUAUGCCGACGCGCUCGUUUUCACCGGGCCCUUCAUCGACGCCGAGCACCCGCUCAUCGCCUCGGGUGACUUCGAUCUGCCCGACGAGGCACUGUACGAACCCGACACGGCCACUAUGAGCACCGUGUUCAAGUACAUGAUCUCGCCGGCGCUGAAUCGAGUCGUGGCCGCUAACCCCCACGUCACGGUUCUUCUCGUCCCAUCAGUGCGCGACGUGCUCGACAAGCACGUGUCCUGGCCGCAGGACGCCUUUCCCCGCAAAGAGCUCGGGCUGCACAAGUCGGUCAAGAUCAUCGGCAACCCCAUGACGCUGAGCAUAAACGAGACGGUGAUGGGCAUCAGCAGCCAGGACGCGCUGUGGGAGCUGCGCCACGAAGAGCUCGUUGGCGGCAAGCCCGCCGACCCUUCGCUGCUGUCGCGCGUGUCGCGCUACCUCAUCGAGCAGCGCCACUACUUCCCGCUGUUCCCGCCCGCCGACAGACAGAAACUGCCCAAGACGGGCACGGCUGACGGCGUGCCCCCCGGCGCCGUGCUGGACGUCAGCUACCUCAAGCUUGGCGAGAUGGUCAACGUGAGACCUGAUGUGCUAGUCGUGCCAAGUGCUUUACCGCCGUUUGCAAAGGUGGUGGAGAGCGUGCUCGUCAUCAACCCCGGAUAUCUGUCAAAACGGAGAGGAGCCGGCACCUAUGCGAGGAUGACACUGUACCCGCCCAAGACGUCGCAGGCCGAGGUAGGCAGCGGGGGCAUGAUGGCCCACAAGGUCUUUGAAAGAGCGAGAGUAGAAAUUACGAGGAUUUGA